CUCUCCCCCCCCCCGUCUCUCCCUGCUCUCCCUCCCUCUCCCCACUGCUCUCCCCGCUCUCUCGCUGGGGAUGCGAGGCGCCGUCGUUUUGUUCGGAAGCGAUGAACACCAUGAACAGGGUGAAGCUGGGCCGCAGCAGCCCCGCCAUGGCGCUCGCGUUCUGCGGCAGCGACAGCUCCAACGUGUCGGCGUACAGCGUGGACCGCGGGGUGCUCAGCAACGGCUGCUUCGUGGACGCGCUCAACCUGGUGCCGCACGUCUUCCUGCUCUUCAUCACCUUCCCCAUCCUCUUCAUAGGAUGGGGCAGCCAGAGCUCCAAGGUGCAGAUCCACCACAACACGUGGCUGCACUUCCCCGGCCACAACCUGCGCUGGAUCUUCACCUUCGUGCUGCUCUUCGUGCACGUGUGUGAGAUCGCCGAGGGGGUCGUGUCUGACGGGUUCAUGGAGUCACGCCACCUGCACCUCUACAUGCCGGCCAUCAUGGCUUUCAUCGCUGCCACCACUUCCAUCGUCUACUACCACAACAUCGAAACGUCCAACUUUCCCAAGCUUCUGCUCGCCCUGCUGGUCUACUGGCUGCUGGCCUUCACCAUGAAGACCAUCAAGCUGGUGAAGUUCUGCGAGCACGGCGUCGGCUUCAACCAGCUGCGCUUCUGCAUCACGGGGCUGCUGGUGCUCAUCUACGGCAUGCUGCUCUCCGUCGAGCUCAACGUCAUCCGCAUGCGGAAGUACGUUGGCUUCCGCAACCCAAAGAAGGUGAAGCCACCCGAGGACCUGCAGGACCUGGGCGUGCGGUUCCUCCAGCCGUUCGUCAACCUCCUGUCCAAGGCCACCUACUGGUGGAUGAACGCCUUCAUCACGAGCGCGCACCGCCGCCCCAUCGACCUCAAGAGCAUCGGCAAGCUGCCCAUCGCCAUGCGGGCGCUCACCAACUACAUCCGCUUUCGCAACGCCUACGAGGAGCAGAAGCUGUCUGCCGGAGAGGCGCAGCCCCCCUCCAUCUGGCGCUCGCUGUACCGUGCUUUCGGCCGGCCCAUCCUGCUGAGCAGCACUUACCGCUACCUGUCCGAUUUGCUGGGCUUCGCCGGCCCCCUCUGCAUAUGGGGCAUCGUCCACCACCUGAGCAACAAGGACAAGAAGCUGCACCCGCAGGACAAGUUCUUUGGCGUGUACUUCAUCUCGUCACGGGAGUUUCUGGCCAACGCCUACGUGCUCGCGGUGCUGCUCUUCCUGGCGCUCAUCCUGCAGCGCACAUUCCUGCAGGCCUCCUAUUACGUUGCCAUCGAGACUGGCAUCAACCUGCGGGGAGCCAUACAGACGACGAUCUACAACAAAAUCCUAAGGCUGUCCACAUCCAACAUGUCCAUGGGGGAGAUGACCAUCGGGCAGAUCUGCAACCUCGUGGCCAUUGACACCAACCAGCUCAUGUGGUUUAUGUUCCUGUGCCCCAACCUCUGGGCCAUGCCAGUCCAGAUAGUGAUGGGGGUCAUCCUCCUGUAUAACCAGCUGGGAGUGAGUGCGCUCAUCGGGGCCACGGUGAUCGCGCUGCUCGCCCCAGCGCAGUACUACAUCGCCACCAAGCUGGCCGACGUGCAGAAGUGCACGCUGGAGUACUCCAACGAGCGCCUCAUGAAGACGAGUGAAAUGCUCAAGGGCAUCAAGCUGCUCAAACUGUACGCCUGGGAAAACAUUUUCUGCUCCAGCGUGGAGACCCUGAGGGAGAAGGAACUCAAGAGCCUCAAGACCUUUGCCAUCUACACAUCCCUCUCCAUUUUCAUGAAUGCUGGAAUUCCAAUUGCAGCCGUCCUUGCCACGUUUGUGGCUCACGCCCACAUUGAGGAGACCGAGCUGACCCCGUCGGUGGCGUUCGCGUCUCUGUCGCUGUUCCACAUCUUGGUGACGCCGCUCUUCCUCCUGUCCACGGUGGUGCGCUUCACCGUCAAGGCUCUCGUCAGCGUGCAGAAGCUAAAAGAGUUCCUGAGGAGCGAUGAAAUCCGUGAGGAGGGAUCGUGUGCAGCAUGGGAUGCACCCCCAGAAAGCAACAAGGAGGACAUGCCACUGAGGGCCAUAAACAGGAAGGCGGGAGGCAAGCGAUACUGGAGCUCUCUGGACGCGCAGUCGUGGCGGCAGCCCUCGCUCGGUGAAGGAGACGACGUGGCCUUGAAGGUAACCAGUGGGGUUUUCAACUGGACCGGCAGCGGAAUCCCAACUCUCUCCAACAUCAACAUCCAAGUACCUCACGGGCAGAUGACGAUGAUCGUGGGCCAGGUUGGAUGUGGGAAGUCGUCACUGCUGCUGGCCACCCUUGGUGAGAUGCAGACCAUGUCAGGAGCCGUCAACUGGAACAGUCGGGUGGGGAGCCCUUCCACACCAGAUGGGCGAAGGAGCCCCCUGGAUUGCGACGGCUCCUCUGAGGAGAGUGACAGCCGCAAGAGGGGUCCAGUCGCGUAUGCAGCGCAGAAGCCGUGGCUCCUCAAUGCCACUGUGGAGGAGAACAUCACCUUCGGCAGCCCGUUCGUCAAGCAGCGGUACAUUGCAGUGAUUGACGCCUGCUCUCUACAGCCAGACAUUGAUAUCCUGCCACAGGGAGACCAGACGAUGAUCGGAGAGCGGGGCAUCAACCUCAGCGGAGGACAACGGCAGCGAAUCAGCGUGGCCCGGGCCAUCUACCAGGAGACCAACAUGGUGUUCCUGGAUGACCCAUUCUCGGCGCUGGACGUGCACCUGAGCGACCACCUCAUGCAGGAGGGAAUCCUGAAGCUGCUGCGCGACGACAAGCGCACCGUGGUGCUUGUCACACACAAGCUGCAGUACCUGCCGCACGCCGACUGGAUAAUCGCCAUGAAGGACGGGACCGUGCUUCGGGAGGGCACCCUCAAGGACAUCCAGAACAACGACCCCGAGUUGUACGAGCACUGGAAGACGCUCAUGAACCGGCAGGACCAGGAGUUUGAGAAGGAAACGAUAUCUGAGAGCAAGACAGUGCUGGAGCGCAAGAACCUCCGGCGGGCGAUGUACUCGCGCGAGGCCCAGCUCAAAACCCAGCAGGACGAGGAGGAGGAAGAAGAGGAGCUGGAGAGCGAUGACGAGGACGACGUAUCUUCCGUAUUCCGUCAGCGUGCCAAGCUGCCGUGGGGCGCGUUCCUGCGCUACCUCACGUCGGGCGGCGCUCCUCUGCUGCUGCUGCUCAUCCUCUCCCAGCUGCUCAAGCACUCGGCCAUGGUGGCCAUCGACUUCUGGCUCUCCGAGUGGACGUCCGACGCCUACAACUGCACGGGCGUGGCGCAGCAGCCCAACUGCAGCCACGGCAACGGCACGCAGGCGCUGCAGGGCUGCCGCAUCCUGUGCAUCUACCCCAUGGUAUUCGGGCUGCUCUGCUGCUCGGGUAUCGCGCUCUGCUUCAUCACGUCCCUCACCGUGGAGUGGACCGGCCUCAAGACGGCUAGGAACGUGCACAACAACAUGCUCAAGAGGAUCGUGCUGGCACCUAUGAGGUAUUUUGACACGACUCCGCUGGGACACAUCCUCAACCGCUUCUCAGCUGACACGAACAUCAUGGACCAGCAAAUCCCGACGACGCUGGAGUCACUGAUGCGCUCGGCGCUGCUGUGCCUGUCGGCGCUCGGGAUAAUCGCCUACGUGACGCCCAUCUUCCUCAUCGCUCUCGUGCCGCUCGCCAUCGCCUACUACUUUAUCCAGAAGUACUUCCGUGUUGCCUCUAGGGACCUGCAGGAGCUGGACGACAGCACCCAGCUGCCCCUAUUCUCACAUUUUUCCGAAACCGUCGAGGGCAUCACCACCAUCCGUGCCUUCCGGCACGAGGUUCGCUUCCGCCAGCGGUUGCUGGAGCUCACGGACGCCAACAACAUCUCGUACCUCUUCCUGUCAGCUGCCAACCGCUGGCUGGAGGUGCGCCUGGAUUACAUCGGGGCGUGCAUUGUGCUGAUCGCGUCCGUGGCCUCCAUCACCGACUCGUGGAACAACACGCUGUCGUCGGCACGCGUGGGCCUGUGCCUCACCUAUGCGCUCAUGGUGUCAAACUACCUGAACUGGGUCGUGCGAAACCUGGCGGACAUAGAGGUGCAGAUGGGAGCCAUCAAGCGAGUGAACAACCUCCUGCAGAUCGAGACCGAAUCCUACGACGGGCUGCUUUCCCAAGCACAGGUGCCGGACAACUGGCCGCAGUCGGGCGAGAUCAAGAUCGAGGAGCUGUCCGUGCGCUACGACAGCACGCUGAAGCCCGUGCUCAAGCACGUCAACGCCCACAUCCAGCCCAGCCAAAAGGUGGGAAUCUGUGGACGCACGGGGAGUGGGAAGUCUUCGCUCUCGCUGGCCUUCUUCCGGAUGGUGGACACUUUUGAAGGGAGGAUCAUCAUUGACAACAUCGACAUCGCCAAGAUCCCCCUGCACACGCUGCGCUCGCGUCUGUCCAUCAUCCUGCAGGACCCCAUCCUCUUUAGUGGAUCAAUCAGGUUCAACCUGGACCCGGAGGCGGCGUGUGGCGACGGGGUCCUCUGGGAGGCCCUUGACAUCGCUCAGUUGAAGCACGUGGUCAAGGCGCUGCCGGGGGGCCUCGACGCCAUGGUGACGGAAAACGGCGAGAACUUCAGCGUGGGGCAGAGGCAGCUUUUCUGCCUGGCCAGAGCCUUCGUGCGCAAAACCAGCAUCUUCAUCAUGGACGAGGCGACGGCCUCCAUCGACAUGGCCACGGAGAGCAUUCUCCAGAAGGUGGUGAUGACAGCGUUUGCCAACAGGACAGUAGUCAUCAUCGCUCACCGCGUGCACACCAUCCUGACGGCGGACCUGGUGAUGGUGCUGAAGCGCGGCAGCGUGCUGGAGUACGACACGCCCAGCACGCUGCUCGCGCACGACAGCAUGUUCGCUUCCUUUGUGCGGGCCGACAAAUGAUGCUCCCUUCGCCCCCUCUUUCCGUGCACACCCAAGGUCUCGCAGCCUAUACACCUGGGCACGACGGUGACUGAAACCAUUCCGAUUAGCAGAGGCCAUUCGCGUUUGUGCGGUUCUGCCGACCAGCAAAAUCCCUGCCGAACACGUUUACCCAUAAUGCUCUGAGCAGUGGGACAACCUGAAUAAUACAGAGAGGUUGGACGGUGCUCAUCGGCGCUGACAGCCAGAGGUAGGACUUGGAGAUGACCUUUAACCUCUUCGUCCACCAUCUCCACCUACCCAGACUGAUUUUGUUCUCAGUAUACAAUGGUAUUGCAAUGCAAUUUAGCUUUAUACAAAAUUCGAAAUACAACGGCAUCUCAAGAUGCUUUGAAAAGUGAAUGGACAUUCACUUCCCAUCAGACGACUGAUGGCGCAGUGUUCAUGAGGACGUUCGAGUGCUUCAGGGUGAAUUAGCCAAAAAAAAAAGCCAUGGGCCUCGCACGUAUGACGAUGUCACGGUGCUUUGGAAUCUUCUGGGUAUGCAGAGUGGUCGUUGGAAAGACUAAAGUGAUGGGUGGAUAUGCCAUAAAUUUCAUUUCGUUAUUAUCAGCUGGUGAUGGGGAGAGGCAGAGAAGAAAGAAAGGGGAGCUUGCCAUGGGAUCGUCGUGUUGUAUCGAGUUAUCUUUUUAGAUGCAAAAAGUAAGUACCAUUAUUUAUAACAUUAAUAUAUUAAGUGCUUUUACAUGAUGAAGAUGAUGAUGAUAAUGCCGAAUCAUAACGGCUGAUGAUAACACAGCUCUGCAUCAGCUGAGGACGCUCAUGCAGAGUUGGACUUUGCUGGGUCGUGGUAAGACAAUCGUGGUGGACAUUGAUGCAAAUCACAUUCGUUCAACUUGAUUUGUUCGUGCAACGCUGAAUACAAAUUGACAUUUUGUGAAUUGCAUUUCCUCUGCCGAUUCCCGAAUCAAACGUUGUAUCGGCGCCGAGCUGAGUGAAGUUUUUCACUUUUCCCACCACGGCUGGCACCAUCGGUUCGCGUCAGUGCGAACUGCAGUGGCUGGCAACGUCCUGGUUGUCGUGGAUCCGUGUUUGGUAAUUCUGUUGACAAGAGAACAUCAUGUGGACGCUACACCAAAACGUAAGGGUUCAUGCGACAGAAAAUGACCAGGGGAUUGCCAUAACGCAUUUCCACAAAGUGCUGUAUAUAUUGUUCUCCCAGUUGCUCAGUUUUGGGCGUUGUACACGGUAGUUUCAAAUGUUUUGUUGUUUUAAGUCAGACCAAUGUUUGUCCGCGUGUAUUUAAUUAUCAAGUGUGUUUGUGUGGCAGUGUUACAAUCCAUGCCGUUGAACUGGAAGCACGUUGCUUUUAUGUACACGCCAUUGUUCAGUGUCCGGGAACAUUGGUGUAGUAAUUAGCAGUGAAAGCACACUUCACUUUGGCUCAUUAAAUAGCCGAGAAAACUUAAUUGAGAAAAAUCAUCACCUCUUCAUGGGGACAUUAAUCAUCAGCCUUGAUUGAAUACAUUACUUUUUUUUCUUCAGACAUUUUAAUUGGAUUAUUGAAGUCACAGUUAACAUAUAAAAUGAGUUGUGCAGGAAACACAUGGGGUCUGAUUAAUACAAAAGACAAAACGUGUUUGCGUAUUAUCGUCCAUUUCAGCAGAACACUUGCGGAAUGGCCUUCGUGCCAACACAUGAGCCUGAACAGGAUACAAAACACAAUCUUAACCAAAUGUUGACAUACAUGAGUACAGAGGACUUAAUUUAAUGCAAAUGUUUGCCAAAGUCAAUCAGGUUAAUACUCGUGUAAACUCUGAGAUCAAGUUGUUUUCUGCCCGUGAAGUUAUUAAUCACCUCUGUGCAUUAUGAAGUAGUACUGUAUACAUUUUAAUUAAAUUCAUAAUUUACCGGACACGGUCGAUAUCAACGUUUCAACAGCUGCACACACCUGCCCGCUACUUUGUAUGGGAGAGCGACAAGACUCUUGCUGCGGCAUGUCGCGCACACACAUGGGCCACGGAGCGAAUGAAUCGGGAGCUGGCGCUUUGUACCGUGCGUGCAACGACGUGACUUCUCUGUGUGUGCGCCGAGGUAAUGUGUUGAGCCUUGGGAUUAAAUCGACAGUAUUUGCUCGG